CAGUAUUUCUCCAUUAUCACAAGCGGCUUGAAAAUAAGUGUUUUGCCAAAUUUUAAAAUAAUUUUUUUAGUUUUUUUUUUUUUAUAAUUUACUUCAUACAUAGUUAUUUAAACCAUACAUUUAAAAUGUCUUCCCCUUCACCUGGAAAAAGAAGAAUGGAUACUGAUGUAGUGAAACUAAUUGAAAGCAACCAUGAUGUUACAAUUCUUGGCGGGUUAAAUGAGUUUGUUGUUAAAUUUUUUGGACCAAAAGAAAGUAUGACUUCAUGUAUAAAUAUGUCUCCAUAUGAAGGUGGGAUUUGGAAAAUUCGAGUUGAUCUACCUGAUAAAUAUCCAUUUAAAUCUCCUUCAAUCGGUUUUUUGAAUAAAAUAUUCCAUCCAAAUAUUGAUGAAGCGUCAGGAUCAGUUUGCCUUGAUGUAAUUAAUCAAGCAUGGACAGCAUUGUAUGAUUUAAAUAAUGUGUUUGAAUCAUUUUUGCCGCAAUUACUCGCCUACCCAAAUCCUAUCGAUCCACUAAAUGGUGACGCUGCGGCGUUGUAUCUUCACAAACCCGAGGAUUAUAAAAAGAAAAUAAAAGAGUAUGUAAAAAAGUACGCUUCGCCUGAAGUUUUAGCUGAACAAGAAGAAGCAAAUAUGUCCGAUUCUUCAGAAAGUUCGCUGAGUGAAUUUUCUGAAGAUGAAACCGCUGACAUGGAACUAUAGUCUGUCUUUGCGACAUGUUUGUAAUUAUAUUAUUUUCAUAUAUUUUUGCGUAUUUUAGAGCAUAUUAUUGCCAAUCUUUUUUAAUUUCUCGCACUCGCUUAUAAAAAAAAGUAAUUGAGUGUAAAAAUUAUGAUUAUAAAAUGUAAAAAGUAUAAGUAUUUUAUUUCAAUUUAUUUUUUCCAAUUUUAUGUUAAUGUAUUUUUAUUUAUUUUUUUGCUUUUUAGUUUUGUUUUUUCUUUUUUUCUUUUUUCAUUUUUCUCUUUGGUGUUUGCCAAAUUUCUUUACAUAAUUUUUUUUUUUAUUAUUAUAUCGCGGUGCCUUAGGAUUUAUUUGAAAUAGUAAAACGAAUUAUGUACAGUUUGUAAAUAUAAUAUUUUCGUUCGAGUGAAAUUACGUAAAAA